AUGACAACUUUCUCUGAGGACUUGUCUCAACUGGGAACUGUAAGAGCCAAAGCCUCAGGAACUCAGUUUCUGGACUCCAAGAUAGCCUCGGUCGUACCACUGAAGGAGAGGAAUCUCAUGGAUGUAAAACUGGGGGCGCUGCCCAGCUGGAUACUGAUGUGGGACUUCACCCCAAGUGGCAUCGCAGGACCAUUCCAGCAAGGCUACUACCAGUACUACAACAAGUACGUCAACGUGAAGAAGGGGAGCAUCACUGGGCUGUCCAUGGUGCUGACAGCUUACAUGGUGUUCAGCUACUGCCUUUCUUACAAGGAGCUCAAACAUGAACGGUUAUGGAAGUACCACUAA